UUCAAAAUAUCAUACAACCAAGUAGUUUUAUUAGUUUUUGUUUUUCAGAAACUAUUUUGUAAAUUCUUUUAACAAGGUAAGUUUAAAAUUUAAAAACUGUAAAUUCUCGUGUGUGUGUGUGUGUGUGUGAUAUAUACACACGUGGGGUUUUUGACAAGAAUAACCCCACAUAAGUAACUCUUUACUUGAACUCAAAUAAGAAAGGGAAAGAAAAAUGAGGAGUGAUAGGUGAUUUUGAUGUUUUGUAGGAAAAAUUAUGAAAAAAAAAAAAAGAGAUUAAUUAAGUUAAGCAAGGCAGGAGAUUAAGCUAAGGUUAUAAAUUAAUCAAUCUUUUUUCUUUUCUUCUUCUUUUUUUUCUUUUUUUUCUUUUUUUUUUUUUUUUCGAUCUUAAUUAAUCAAUAGAGUAAGGUCUCAACUCUGAACUUGCCCUCUCUCUGUCUCUGCAACUGCAAACUACAAAACCUACAAGAAUCAGAUCAGCCUCCCAAAUCGCCUCCAUCUCUAUUCUCGUUCUCAACUCUGAACUUGCCCUCUCUCUGUCUUUGCAACUACAAACUUCAAAAUCUACAUUUCAAAUUGUUCAAAAAAUCAAAACCCAUAUCAGCAUAUCAUUUCAGAUUGUUCAAAAAAUCAAAACCCAUAUCUUUCAGUUUCCGUCGCCCGCUGUUCCAGUUCGGGCUCGCCGUUCGCAAGCUCCAGCCGCUGUUCGCAAGCUCCAGUGCGCAAGCUUCAGCCGCUGAAUCGACAAUGGACAUCGACAUCGCUCGUUGGGUUCUCGAAUUCCUCUUUCGGCAGUCCAUCGGCGAUUGCUUACUGAAUACUCUCGUUGGAGCCCUUCCUCUGUCCAACGACCAUCCGAGUUUGAAGAAGACAAUCCUUGUGCGAAGGAUCGAGUCGGAGAUCAAAAGCGUUUCGGUCUCGGAAAAAGUUCUCGAAUUGCUCGAACUCAUCGAACAGCUGGACUACGAAGAGGGAAUUGCGGCUUCAGAGGCCAUGAAAGCUGCAUACUGCGCGGUGGCGGUGGACUGCACGGCGAGGUUUCUCGACCUGGCCUGGAUUUCCGCAGACGGCAACAAGGACGAAGGGUGGGACUAUUUUCAUGCAGUCAAGAGAAUCUGGAGGGAUAGGUUCGGCGAGAUAGAGAAAUGGGAGAAUAUAGGGUUUGUGUCGGAUGAACUUCGGAAUUGGAGGGAUAAGCUCGAAGCUGCAAUUUGGGAUGUGAGUGUUCGUGAAAAUCUGCGAAAGAGGAAGGAAGGGAACGAUGCUGUGGAGGCUGUUCGAGUUUAUGUCGCAGAAGUCUGGGAAAGCAUGGGUCCUUCAUUUCUUGAACUGGUUGCCCAAACAAUGGGUUAUGAAACACUGAAGGUGCUGGGCAUGAACAAAGUUUGGGAGAGAGUGACAAGUUUGACAGAUGCAGAAAUGCAGAAGCGUAACACGCUUCAUAAACACAAGAAUCCCACUGGUCGAUGCUGUAGAGGACCAAUCUCGAAAACAGCUAGAGGAGUUCAUAUUACUGAUAAUGUGGAAUCAGACUCAGGGACGACAUACAACAAAUAUGACUGCCCCCCUACCAUUAUGGUUAAUAAGAUACAAGAAGAGCUUAGAUCCAGUUCUUUGCAGCUACAAGCUAUGGUGAAAGACCCUCUUCCUGAUGCAUUAAAGCUUGCUGAAGCUAUAAUAAUGCAAAGAGGAAAGAUGAACCACGAGCCUAUGGCAGAAAAUCAGAAUAAGUUUGAUGUACAUGCUGUGAAUACCUCUGUUGACAAGAGUGCUGAAGUUGUUGAGGCCAAUGAAGGUAACAUUGGGAAUCAGUGUUGCAGCCAUCAGAAUGAGGUUGCCUAGGCCCAGCUUAAUGGCACGGAAUGGUACUGCCUGCACUUAUGAGUGGGAUGAUUCUAUUGACAAUUUAUCUGAAGGGUCACCUGAUGGUCAGAAUAGAGUUCACUUACCCAGCCCAAAGAGAAGGAUUGUUUCUCCUUUGAAGAAGUAUGAAAUGCCAAAAUUAUCGAAGAGGAGAAAAGCUAAGAAAUGGAGUCUAGUAGAAGAAGACACAUUGAGGACUGGUGUGGUGAAGUAUGGUGUAGGAAACUGGGCGAUCAUCUUAAAGUCCUAUCCUGAUGAAUUUGAAGAGAGGACAGAGGUUGAUUUGAAAGACAAGUGGAGGAACAUGACUCGUUAUUGACUCCUCUAAUCAUAGUCUCUAGCGUUUUGUAUCUUUUUGUCUAUGCUAAAUUCGUAUGUUGACAUAUUUGAAGAGCGGACUGAGGUUGAUUUGAAAGAGAAAUGGAGAAACAUGACUGGGUAUUGGCUCUUCUAAUCAUGGCUCCUGACAACGUGAUUUGUUACAACCAUCCAACGUGAUUGAAGACUGCUUUGGAGCUUGUGAAGGCUACGAAAGAUAUUGAAUCACAGGUGGAGAAGAGAUAUUGCAGGUUGCAGCUCCAUUGCUAAUUCUCCAUGGAGCUGCCGAUAAAUUGACAGAUCCUUUGGUAAGCCAAUUUCUUUGUGAGAAGGCUUCCAGCAAGGACAAGACCUUAAAGCUCUACGAAGAAGGUUAUCACUGCAUUCUUGAAGGGGAACCUGAUGACAGAAUAUUUACUGUACUGAACGACAUUACCAUGUGGCUCGACUCUCGGUGCUCCCUUAAGUAGGACUUAACCCUUCAUUUUUGUGCCUUCCACAACUUAGUUGUUGCUGUAAUAUGUUUUUGUGAAGAUUGAUGUCUCAGUCGUUAAUAUUAAGCAGUGAAAUUUGAGAUGAUGAUGUACCUUGCUAAACUGAUAUUGUCCUACUGUUCAUGACCUAUUUGUUGUCUGUUAUGCCACCAAAUGCAUCAGUGCUGGCAUGAAUGGACACAAUUUUGUUUUUAUCUCUUAAAGAUCAAAUCCACCUAUCAUUUAAAAUUUAACAAAUUUGUAUGU